ACAAACGCCCGCAGGGGCUUAAAAAGCAGCAGGGGUUCCUGCCCUUCCCCACACUGGCCGGUGUGGUCUGGGGCGGGCCUGAUGAGUACCUGGAUUUUCGCCCGGCGUGCUGGUAAUUCCUACACUUGUGGGUGUUUGAGAGACAUGAAGAGGGGAGGAUGACCUCUUCCCGGAAGCGGGACUUCCAUAAAAGAAGCGUGGGGGGCGGGCCCCGGGCACCUGUGGUUUGGUGAGUCCCCCAGGUGACUGUGAUGCGGGGGUCAGCGGGAGAGGCACCCGGAAGCUCCCGGCGUCUGCACCCCGGCAGCGCGAGGAAAUGCCCAAAGAAACUAUAGUGACACUGAAACUGAAGGAGAGAUUUUUAAUUCCUUAGUGCAAUACUUUGGUGACAACUUGGGGCGAAAAGUUAAAGCGAUGCCAUUAGUUGAAGAAACUUCUUUACUGGAAGAUUCGUCAGUGACUUUUCCUGUGGUAAUAAUAGGAAAUGGACCCUCAGGAAUAUGCCUUUCUUAUAUGUUAUCAGGCUACAGACCGUAUUUAUCAUCAGAAGCAAUACACCCAAAUACAAUAUUAAAUAGUAAAUUAGAAGAAGCAAGACAUCUUUCCAUUGUUGAUCAGGACUUAGAAUACUUGUCUGAGGGCCUUGAGGGCCGAUCAUCCAAUCCAGUUGCAGUACUUUUCGAUACACUUCUUCAUCCAGAUGCUGACUUUGGGUAUGAUUAUCCAUCCGUUUUGCAUUGGAAAUUAGAGCAACAUCAUUAUAUCCCUCACGUAGUUCUUGGUAAAGGUCCACCUGGUGGGGCUUGGCAUAAUAUGGAAGGCUCCAUGUUGACAAUCAGCUUUGGAAGUUGGAUGGAACUACCUGGACUUAAAUUUAAGGACUGGGUAUCAAGUAAACGAAGGAACCUAAAAGGGGAUCGAGUUAUGCCAGAGGAAAUAGCUCGCUACUAUAAACAUUAUGUAAAAGUCAUGGGUCUUCAGAAGAAUUUCAGAGAGAAUACUUACAUAACUUCCGUAUCAAGACUCUACAGAGAUCAAGAUGAUGAUGAUAGUCAAGACAGAGAUAUUUCAACAAAGCAUUUACAGAUAGAGAAGUCAAACUUUAUCAAGAGAAACUGGGAAAUUAGGGGUUAUCAGCGAAUAGCUGAUGGUUCUCAUGUUCCCUUCUGCCUCUUUGCUGAGAAUGUAGCACUGGCAACUGGAACGCUGGAUUCUCCUGCCCAUCUGGAAAUUGAAGGGGAAGAUUUUCCUUUUGUGUUUCAUUCAAUGCCUGAAUUUGGAGCUGCUAUAAACAAAGGAAAGUUGCGUGGCAAAGUGGAUCCAGUGUUAAUUGUAGGUUCUGGGCUUACUGCCGCUGAUGCAAUACUGUGUGCUUACAACAGUAAUAUCCCUGUGAUUCAUGUGUUUCGCAGACGAGUAACUGAUCCAAGCUUAAUUUUCAAACAGCUUCCCAAAAAGCUGUAUCCUGAAUAUCAUAAAGUCUAUCAUAUGAUGUGUACUCAGUCAUAUUCUGUAGACUCAAAUCUUUUAUCUGAUUAUACCAGCUUUCCCGAGCACCACGUGCUUUCCUUUAAGUCGGACAUGAAAUGUGUUCUCCAAAGCGUUUCUGGAUUGAAGAAAAUAUUUAAGCUGUCUGCAGCAGUAGUAUUGAUAGGUUCUCAUCCUAAUCUGUCUUUUCUGAAGGAUCAAGGGUGUUACCUAGGCCAUAAGUCAAGCCAGCCAAUCACAUGUAAGGGUAACCCUGUGGAAAUAGAUACAUAUACCUAUGAGUGUAUUAAAGAAGCCAACCUUUUUGCAUUGGGUCCUUUGGUUGGAGACAAUUUUGUUCGAUUUUUAAAGGGAGGGGCACUGGGUGUUACACGCUGUUUAGCUACAAGACAGAAGAAAAAGCAUUUGUUUGUUGAAAGAGGAGGAGGAGAUGGGAUAGCUUAAAGCAAGUUUACAAGUAAUUAAAAUGGACAGUUUGCCAUUAAAGAUUUUUAAUAGUGGUUUUGCAGUGUACUGGCUUGAAUUUUCUGGACUUGAGUUAACUGAAGGAGAGCCUCAAACUAUAGUAACUUCAUUUUUAAAAGUUACUAGAAUUUGGUAUCCUGAUUUAUAUUGUAAUGUUUCAAAGGUGUCACUGUCAGACAAAUAGAAACACUGCCAACUUGGUGUAUCUUAAGCUUUCAUUUAACUAAAACAUUCUUUUCUUGCAAAACUUAUUUUUCAUGAUCAUUUUUGGUUAUUUAUUAUACUUGAUUCCAAAAUAGUACAGCCUUGAAUCUAUAAAACUGUGCAGUCAUUAUGCCAGAAAUUAUCUUAAAUAUAUAAUGGGUCACCUUGCUGUUCAAAGGGUGGUGCAAGGUCCUGCAGCAUCUUACAUCUGUAGCUUGUUAGAAAUGUAAACUCUCAGGCCCCACAACUUACUUCCUGCAUUUUAACAAGAUCCCCAAGGGAUAUGUAUGCUCAUAAAAAUUUGAGACACUGGUUUAAAUGAAAAUGAAUAUAAGGUAUGUAUAACUGGGGGUGGGGUGAGGGUAGGAGGCAUUUACAACUCAGAUUUUAUUUAUUUUGAAAUUAUCAAUUGUAUAAAUCUAAUUUAUUACCAAAUAGGGUCUUUUAAAAAAUAUUUUUAUUGUUGAAACCUUGACAGGUACUUCAUAUUCUUCUAAUAAUUUAAACAGUCCAAUAAUGUGGUAUACACUUUGACAUCCAAGAACUCACCAAGAUGUUUUUCAGAGAUUUAUUCUCGAUUUAACUAUCAUAGCAUUUAAUGAAUCUGAUUUGUAGUUCAAUAAAUUGUGGGUUGAACUACUUAUCCCUGUGUGAACAUUGAAUUACUUUCUGUCACUGAAACUAAGGUAUUUGGGUGUGGUAAGUACUUCGAAAAUUGUAAUAUUGUUUGGGCAUUGUCUAAAUUAUUAAAGGUUAAAAUAGAAAAUAAAGUCAGAAUUUUUCUUUUCCAUUCCAAAGGUGUACUUAGAGAUCUCUAUUAGUAUUCAUUCGAGAUGACAUAGCAGCUCAUAUCAUGGAUGUUUAUUGGAUUUAUCUGUUCUAAUUAUCUUUAUAUGUGUGUUUACUGUCUGUGUUUUCACAUAAACUGCUAGAAUUUUUAAUGUUAAGACGAAAACAUCUGAAGUUCUCCAUGGCAAAUUGAAUUUUUCAGUCAUUUUCUUUUCUUUUUUUGGUACAAUUACUUCAUCUGGAAUGUCUUCAUUGAACUUCUCGUUAUUCUAUUUUUCUUAGAAUUAAAAGUGGAUUAAUGUG